UGUUGAUAUGAUGUGAUUCGGUAAUUUCCCCGACCUGGCUACAAUGAAAAAUAUUUCGCAUUUCUAGGCCGUUCAUAUUAUUCAUGAUAAAAACUAAAUCUAUCGAGUCAGAGUGGUGUCUGACAUCUUUCAGUAACCCGCAGUGUCUCAGAGCAGCUCGUAAACAUGUCUGAAGAGGUUUCUCCAUCACCUGCACUACAGUCCUCCUCUGACACCAGUCUGGAUACAAAUCCAGCGCAGAGGACAAACCCUGCAAAGACACCAAUACAGAUCCUGCAUGAAUAUGGCACCAAAAGUGGGAACCUUCCUGUGUAUGUGAUGGAGAAGGCUGAAGGAGAGGCUCACCAGCCCAGCUUCGUCUUCAGUGUGAAAAUGGCAGACGUCACCUGCACAGGUCAGGGUCCCAGUAAAAAGGCUGCUAAACACCAGGCUGCAGAGGCUGCCCUGAAGAUUCUGAACAUAGAUGCUGGAGAAGUGAACGUUCCCGUGAAGUCUGAGAGUAAUGGUGUGGCAGUAGAAACAAACAACCAUCCUAACUCUGUGGGGGUGCUGCAGGAGUUAGCUUUGCAGAGAGGAUGGCGUCUUCCUGAAUACACGGUACUAAAGGAGUCUGGUCCUCCACACAAGAGAGAAUUCACUGUAACCUGUCGAAUGGAGUCACUGACAGAGAAAGCUGUUGGAAAUUCCAAAAAGGCCGCAAAGAAGGCAGCUGCAGAGAAAAUGGUGGAAAAGCUUCAGAGUCUGUCAGGCUGUUCUGAAAUCACAUGGAGUCCUCAGCCCAGUGUUCGAUUUGAGAACUUAAGAAAUUCCCAAGCAGAGAAGAUAACUCUGCUGAGGAGAAACCCGCUGAGCAUUCCUAACACUGACUACAUUCAGAUGAUGUUGGAGUUAGCCAAGGAGCAGGGCUUCGAGGUCACAUACUUCGACAUCGAUGAGCUGACGGUGAACGGACAGUAUCAGUGCCUGGCAGAGCUGUCCACCUCCCCGCUCACUGUUUGUCACGGCACAGGCAUUUCCUGUAGCAACGCCCACAAUGACGCGGCACACAGCGCGCUCCAGUACAUCAAGAUCAUGGCCUCCAUCAAGUAAAGAGAAAUAACCACAGUCCACAUCUGCUUCACCUAAACAACAGCUGACGUCAAGGUGAUCUUCACACUCGUCUUCCUGUCCCGUGGAUGAUAAGAGGUUAAGGUAUAUUUUUUAUAAUAAUGUGUAUCACAAAGAGGAUCAUGCUCCACAGCAGUAUAUUUACUUGAAUCAGGCAGCUUUAGAGCAGUGGAUGUGAAGAGACAAACAUUCACUAUGAAGCAAAUACAUCAAGUCUUUGUUUCCAGGUCAUACCAUCAUGUAUUAAUACAAAUGAUGAAAUAUUUAAGCAAACUAGAGAGUGUCUUUGAAGUAGGAAUCCAUCAGUACGCAUCAUGAAGCAUCUCCUCCUGAACCUUUGAUAUGCAUAGUUUGAGCUCAGCUCUUUAAAUGUUUGUUUGUUUGUUUGCUUUUUGGGAUUGUAUGCCUCUUUUUUAAUAAAUAAGGGUGUUGUUUGUUUUAGAUUCCAGUCGACUUAAUUUAUUUUUUUAUUCCACUUAAUCCAUGCAGCAGCAAACUGUCUUUGAGAGGAAAUAGAAGAUCCUAAACUUUUAAUCAACUUCAUGGAUAUCUUCCUUACUUUCCAUCUUUGAAGUAAACAAAAGUCGCCUGAAAUGGAUUUGAAACAGUGUAUUUAUUUAAUAAACAAUAUUUAUUUUUUCUACGUCCACUCUUCCCUCUUCCAUUAUGCAAAUCUCCAGUUCAACUCCUUCUGUCUUUAUCUGCUUGACUCUCCAAAGAGAUCCACCCUGCUCACUUCAUAUCCACAUUCCUCUGUUGCCAUGUUUUGCAGUGUGCCUCAUAGUAGCUUGUGUUGAAUUUAAUAAAGGAACUGUCCGCUGUAUGAACUGAACCCCGAUGGAAAGCAGCAAAGAGCUCGAGAAAGAAGCAGGAAAAUAAACAAUAACACUAAAUGUCAA